AUGCAAGAGGACAGCGCAGAUAAAACACAACAAUUGCAAAAUUUUCAAUCCGACGACUUGCUGGAAAAGCUAAAGCUGCUUAAUUAUGAAAAACUUUUGCUGCGUGAGCAUAAACUUAAGCCGCUGUCGCGUUUCUAUUUUGUUAAAGCAACAAAUCCUGGCGAGCAGUUCUUUAUGUUUACAUUAAUAUGCUGGUGGCUGUGCAAAAAGCUGGGCAAGGAUAUGGAACGUCCGCAGGAGCAUGACGAUCCAAAUACAGUGACUGCAAAGAUUAUACAAAUGCUCGAAGAAAUUGAUGUGCCUGUGGACUUUGCACCCAAUAAGCUUAUACGUGGUGCUGGUCCUAUAUGCUUGAUGGUGUUGGAUAUACUUGCCACACAGGCGCUAAAGGUUGCACAGCUGAACUAUCAGCGGCUGCAUAUAGAGCAGGAGGAGGAGUUUGUGGGUGAUUAUCUGGAGGACAAUGCAGAGAUUAUACUAGAAAAGCUGGAGGAUGAGCAAAAUGCCAGCGCUUUGAGCGACGAUAGCGAUCUGGAGCUAGAAGCGCACAACUUUAAGCAGCUCAACUGGCUAAAUCGACCCAAGCGUCAGUCUAUAGGUGAACUCAAUGCUGGUUUGCCCACGGAACAGUCGCGUGAGCUCAAUGCACGCCUCACUGACCAGCAGGAGUGGCGCCUGGAGCUGGAGCGUGUGCUGCAGCAGCUCAAGGUUUUUGUUAAGGCAGAUGCCAGAGAUUGGCGCACGCACAUCUCCCAAAUGGAAACGCUCAAUGGCAGCAUUGCCAGUGUAGCAGAGAAUACGCAAUCCCAGCUCAAGAAACUGCACAGCGAGUUUACGUUCAAUCUGGAGAAGAUUGAGAGUCGUGAGAAGCAUUUGAAUAAUGAGCUACAGCCGCACAUAGCGCAGUACAAGGAGCUGUCCAUUGAGCUGUCCAGCGUGCAAUAUGCGCAAACGCAACUGCAGGCGGAUCUGGAGAAGCAAAUGAAUCAGCUAAGUGAAGUUAUGGCCGAACAGGAGCUUAAGAAGGAGGAAAUGGAGCGACGUGGACAGGUCAUGUCCGAUGGCAGCGCUGUGCAGCAAAUUAAGAAAGCCAUAGCCAAGCUAAAGGAGGACAUUUCACAAUUGAAUCUGGAAGUGGCGCUGCUGGUGCAUGCCUAUGACCAGGAUACAGUGCGUCAAACGCUGGGCAGCGAGCAAACCAAUAACUGAUAAUGAAAAACUCAACUUAAAUUAAAUAAAGCGAAGCAGCCUGAGAAC